GUGCAUAAUUUCCAGUACCUACCCAAACAUGAAGCUGUUCGUAGUCUUCUCCGUACUGGCGACGGUGGCGUUCGCGCGUCCGGAUGGCGACCACUACGAUUCCAAAUACGAUAACUUUGACGUGCAGACGUUGAUUGAGAAUCCUCGGCUAAUGAAGGCGUAUACGAUGUGCCUGCUCAGCAAGGGCAGCUGCACCGCCGAAGGAGCCAGUUUUAAGAAGAUCCUCCCCGAGGCCGUAGCGACGACCUGCGCCAAGUGCACCCCCAAGCAGCGCCAGCUCGUCCGCAUCGUCAUCAGAGCCGUCCAGAAACAGCUGCCCAACGAGUGGGAGCAGCUGGUCAAGCUCCAUGACCCUGAGGGCAAGUACAAGGAGUCCUUUGGCAAGUUCCUAGCGUCAUCAGACUAGAACAGCUGGAGUUUUAGAAGCAUUCCUCGGUGUCCCGUAUAAACGCUUUUUAUUUCGUGUAUCCUUUAUUUUGAUGAUUAUUUUUCUUGGCAUAUUUUUGACCAUUUGUCACAAAAUAUAAAGGAAACUGCUAUAGGUACCUAACUACAAAACUUCAGAAAAUUCGCGUUUGUACGGGACAACGUUAGACAAUUUCAUGCAAAUUCGUGAUUAUGAUUAGGUAUUAUGAAUGUGAAGAAUGAAAGCGUUACUGUGAUUUAAUGUUUUGUAAAUAAAUGACUUUAUAGUUUA